AUGUACGGCGGAGUCAGCCAGCACGACGGGAAUGGCGGCGCCGCUAACGCGAACAACCAAUUCGACGGCGGCAGGUUUAUGCCCCCGCGGACCACCAGCACCCCGGAGGGUGGCAGCGUCAUCACGAGGACUCGCGGCUCGCAGGCGCUGCUCCCGCUCACCGUGAAGCAGAUCAUGGACGCGUCCCAGACCAACGACGGUUUUGCUGUCAAUGGCACAGAGGUAGCAACGGUUAGGCUUGUAGGACGCAUGUUGAAUAAGAAGCAGCAGGUCACAGAUGUAUCGUUUGUUCUUGAUGAUGGUACAGGCAGGAUAGAAAUGAAACGCUGGGACAACGAGACGUUUGACACUGAAGAAAUGAAGUUAGUCAAGGACGGUGACUAUGUUAUUGUGAUUGGUGGUCUGAAAGACUUCCAAGGGAAGCGUCAAGUGACUGCUUUUUCUGUGCGGCUUGUUACCAACUACAAUGAUAUAACACAUCACUUUCUGCACUGCAUUUAUGUGCAUUUGGAUCUCGCAAGGCCUAAGAGGUCUUUGUCGCAGCCCCAAGUAAUUGCUAAUACAUCAACCCGGAACCAAGCUCCACACACUAGUAAUCAGGCCCCAACAUCGUCUGCAUCUAGAAAUACUGCCAGCAGAGACUUAUCCGAUUUGGUCAUGAGUGUUUUUCUUGACCCAGUACUUGGAAACCUGGAGCAUGGAGUAAGUCUUGAUCAGGUCGCGAGUCGUCUCAAUCUAUCACUUGGACAGACCAGGUCGACUGUUCUAGAUCUCGUUGAUCUUGGCAACCUUUAUGCAACUAUCGAUGACGACCAUUACAAGUCUACCAUGAAUGGUUGAAUAUGUUUGGAUCCACACACGUAAGCAUUAGGCUCCCCUGCGGAGCUAUGAAGAUAAUAAGCACUCUGCAAGCCUUGUUUUUGCAGCGUGCCUCAAUGGUCCCUUAGACAGUUGCAAGGAGAUCAACUUAACAGCUAGGUUAAGUUGCGUACUUGCGCCCUAUGUCCACGGACAUGAGUAGGUUAAAUCUCUAGGUGGUUCGCUUGUUUUUGCUACAGCAGUACCUCCAGCACAUAUGUGACCUGCAAUUAA